AUGGAAGGCGAGGCGCAGAUCGGCGGUCUGCAGCUGCGAUGGCCGUUGGCCAUCGGCACCAUGCAGUGGGGCCGCACCUGGCUGGACGAGAAGCUGAACCGAGGCAACUUGUCGGACGAGACCUGCGCGGCCAUCUACAAGGAGCUCACAGAGGUCCAUGGCAUUCAGCUCUUCGACACCGCAGAGGGCUACGGGGGCGGCACCAGCGAGGAACGCCUCCGGGACAUGGAGCUGAUGGUUGCGGAUGAGAAGAGGACGGGCCCUGUGGUGGCCACGAAGUUUCUGCCCACGCUGCUGCGCUGGACGGAGGCCAGCUUCCGGCGCGCGCUCAAGAGCUCCUUGAAGCGCCUGGGGCAGACCCGCUCGGACAUCUACUUCAUCCACACUCCCAUCCACCCACUGCCGCUGGAGGUUUGGGUGCGGGCUGCGGCGAAGGCUAAGAAGGAGGGCCUCAUCCGCGAGAUCGGCAUCUCCAACUGCAACGCACAACAGGUGCAGCGCGCAUGCGCGGAGGCGGAGAAGCACGGGUGCCGCAUCGCGGCGAACCAGAUCAUGUUCAACUUGCUGUGCUUUAACAGCCCGGAGCUGCAGGCCACAGCCAAGGUCUGCAAAGAGAAGAACGUCCGCAUCAUCGCUUUUGGCACCGUGGGGCAGGGGCUGCUGGUGGACAACCUCACGGAGGAGAAGUUCGGCAAGAUCCGGCUGGCCAAGAUGACGGGCUUGCAGCGCGCGGAGAUCGAAGAGCUGAGGGCGGCCAUUGAAAGACUGGCCCAGAAAUAUCAGAAGUCCAUGGCGCAGAUCUGCUUGAACUGGACCAUCUGCCACGGCGCCAUCCCAUUGGUGGGCACCCGCAGCGUGCAGCAGGCCAGGGAUUCCGUGGGCGCCCUAGGCUGGCGCCUCGACCCGGAGGACGUGCUGGAGUUGGACGCCAAGGCUUUGCGGAGGAGCACUCUGUCGAAGCCGCGCUGGAAGCGCGCUUUGUUCGUGAUCGCCAUCUCCUUGCUGGUCUGCAGCUAUCAGGUGAAUCACUUGGUGGCUUGGGCCCGAUGCAAGUGGCGUUCGCUUUGGGCGCGCGAAGCCGCAGAGUGA